AUGUGUUCAUUAUCUCCUGAAACCGAUGCUGUCCUCAUAUUUCCGAUAUCCACUACUGAUAGUAGUGGAUUUGUAGUUACAUCAACGAUCUCUCCCAGUGUUCUAAAAAACAGUACAAUUUUUACACAAUGUAGUAAUGUUGAAAUGAACACUGAGUGUCCAACAGCUUCAGUAAAACACAAAAUGCCCAAAACAAAUUGGUUUGUGGAUGAUGUCUUCCUGUUAUGGAAUGGCACAAAGGAAGAACUAACUGCAUUUGUAGGGUUUUUGCAUUCGACCACAAACUUCAUGAGAUUUGAAGUGAACUCAUCAGUCAUUACAGUAGCAAGGGGUUGGGGCAGCAGCAGUAGUUUAGGCUUUGAAAGUAUUCUUGAAGGACUGUUUGGACCUGGGCUCAUGGAAGAUUUAAGUGUCUUUAAAGACUGUGAGCCUGAAGGGGUUUCUGAUUGGUCUUUUGAUGAAAACUGUCUCUUCUGCUGUUUCAGACGAGAAAAAGUAAAGGAACACUUGGUUGCUUUAGAUGACUUCAUUUCCAAAACUGGAGGAGAAGCCUUGACAAGGCAAGAAGAGGCAAAUAUUACUCACCUGGAAAAGCAAGCAGAAGAGUUUCUCAAUGCAGUGUUUUACCGAAAAGAUGGAGUGCUAGAUCUGUCCACCAAGAAGAGUCCAGACACUAGUCCUGUUAGUGUUUUAAAGAAUGGAAACUUGUCAUAUGUACUUGCAAGAGCUUGAGAAAGACUGGAAUGCUGUUUACUGUGUUAAACUGAUGGGUGAACUGUAAAGCAUAUGCACCACUUUGUCAUUAAUGUUUAGAACGACACUGAUGGGACCAAAGAAGAAACUGAGUGCGUUUUGAUAUCUGAAGGUCACCUUUCUUUGACUGUUGCAGAGAGACCAUCAGAGAUUUCAGAAGAUCCUUAUCUGACCCUUAGUUUAAUAUGUAA